UAUUCAUCUUCCUUCAGUCUAUCUAUGGACUAUCCAAUGUUGGUUCCUCCCAAAAGAUGGGUUGACCCUCAUCUUCAUCUCCCCUCACCACUCAGCAUCAACGAAAGAACCACAUCAAAAAGUCUAGCCCAUCUAUCUACAUGUUUGUCUUCCCGUCUUCUUCCAGCCCAUCGCACAGGCCGGAUCACUGCUCCAUGGCGUGGAACGAACGCAAUUAACCCCGACCAGCAAGCGGCACACCAGCCAUUGUCAAUAGGAGACUUAGUAGUCCGGGAAUAGUGCCGGGAUAUUGACCGACUAUAGCGAAUUCUGCGAGAAACUUGACCUACUAGCAUCCCCCCCUCCGGAAGGAAGAUUGAUCAAACUAUUGGGGAAUUAUUCUUGAAGAGGGGACAAUGGAAAAUCCUAUCCAGCCGACCGUGCAGAGAGAAGGGGGGAAGAUGAACAGGUCGGUCGCCUACUGGAU